AUGCAGCUGAUUGCGCUCGUUUCUCUCGUCGUCUCUGCCGCUGGGAUUUGCCAGGCUGGUGCUGUUCGUGUCCCAUCGACGCUCAUGAAGCGCACGGGGGCCAUUGUCAAGUCUGGACUCGUCGCCCGUCAAGAUUCUGGAACAUGCACGACGGACCAGAUUGCAUGUGACAAUGGUGGCUGCUGCCCCACUGGAUCCGCAGCGCAAGUGGAUGCGCAGACCCCACGACGGUCGAAUGCGAUGGCUUUGAUUUCUGCUGCCCACCCGGCCUCACGUGCUCUCUCGACACGAACAACGAGCCUUUGGACUUCGACAACUCCUCGUGCAACCACCCCGCGUGCUUCUACCUCGACUGCUCCCCGUGCAACGAGCUCUUCGACACGCUCUACGACGAUCAGCACGUCUAGUACCACCACUCCAAAUGGCGCUAACAAGAUGGGAGCUCAUGCAUUUGUGGUUGCGGGAGCAUUUGUUGCUGGCUAUGCACUCUUCUAA